UGUCCAUGUUAGCUGGUCUUUAUCUCUGUGUCUCUUCGUACCUCUAGAGGUUCGUGGAGCUGAAGGAGCUAAUGAAGGAUGAGAAGCAGCAGAAUUACUGGCAGGAGAUGGGUCGAUGGGCUGGCUAUGCGGAAAGCUUUGACCCUCAGGCUGGGGUGUGGGCGUCCUCACACAUCUCUCUCCUCACCUUCAAGAGCCUCAUCCAGCUCAGAUGCGCCAUGAACACAGGUGUGACAAUUUUUGACUGUGAAGAGAGGACCUGGGCCACCAUUGCUGAAAAGAUUGUCAAGGAGAUGGUUAACAAGAAGGAAAUCAGGCCUGGAGAUCAAGAGGGAGUGUUGAACUCUCUGCUCCAAAACCGCAGUCAAUCAGAUGACCCAGAGAGACAAGCACUGACUGAUGGGAAGGACCUGCAGAAGUUUUCAGUCAAAGAUGGUAGAGCUGAAUCUGACCAUGCUGACGCCUCCAUGGUGCUAGUAGGAGCCUUAGACUUUCUGGAGAGGCCUGCAGUUGUAUUUGUGCAUCUGAAGGAAGCUGUGGUGCUUGACUCACCCUUGGAGGCCCCGGUGCCUGUGUGCUUCAUCUUUGUUCUGGUUGGCCCCAGCAAAACUGAUAUGAACUACCAUGAAACUGGCCAUGCUAUGGCAGCCCUAAUGGCUGAUAGAGUGUUCAAUCAGAGUGCGUUGCAGGCAAAGACUGCCCAAGAACUGAUGCACGCUGUGGCUGACUUCAUGGACUGUUGUAUUGUUGUCCCACCUACUGAGAUCCAAAACGAAGCUGUGCUCAGCUCCAUCAUCAGCUUUCAGAAAAAACUUCUGCAGGACAGAUGUCAGCCAUCUGAUCUCACAUUCUGCCAGGACUCCAAACCUUUUUCCUUUGCUUCUGGCCCACCACCUGAAGACCCCCUGUCCCGUACUGGUCGACCAUUUGGUGGGAUGGUUCGAGACAUAAAGAGACGUUACCCAUACUACAAGAGUGACAUCACAGAUGCUCUAAACCCCCAGGCCCUUGCUGCUGUCAUCUUCAUCUACUUUGCUGCCCUGUCUCCUGCCAUCACCUUUGGAGGACUGCUGGCUGAUAAAGUGGAAAACAUGAUGGGUGUUCCAGAGCUUCUGAUCUCCACCUGCAUCCAGGGGAUCAUUUUCUGCUUUGUUGCUGCUCAGCCCCUGCUGAUCAUUGGUUUCUCUGGUCCACUGUUAGUGUUUGAGGAGGCCUUCUUUGCUUUCUGCAAGGCCCAGGACAUUGAGUAUAUUGUUGGUAGAGUGUGGGUUGGAGUGUGGCUGGUCAUCAUUGUGGUGAUCAUAGUAGCCUUUGAGGGCAGCUUCCUGGUGCGUUACAUCUCCCGCUUCACCCAGGAAAUCUUCUCCAUCCUCAUUUCCCUCAUUUUCAUCUAUGAAACCUUUGCCAAGCUAGUGAAGAUUUUCAAGUCACAUCCCCUCAUUCUGAAUUAUGAUCAACUGAAUGCAACUCUAGAAAAUCCCUGGCACCCACAAGUGGAAGAGAUGGUUGUCUAUGACAAUGCUACUGGCAACUUGACUGUUGUUAUUAACACUAUUAAGUCACCUUACCCCAACACAGCCCUGCUCUCCAUGUGCCUCAUGUUUGGCUGUUUCCUUAUUGCAUUCUUCCUGCGCCAGUUCAAGAAUGGGACUUUUCUUCCUGGAAAGGUCAGGCGUUUGAUUGGUGACUUUGGUGUGCCUAUUGCCAUUCUUCUCAUGGUUGUUGUCGACUACAGCAUUGAGGAUACCUACACUCAGAAACUCAUGGUUCCAAAAGGUUUGACAGUGUCCAACCCAGCCAGAAGAGGCUGGCUUAUCAACCCCUUUGGAGAGCACAAGACGUUUCCUGUGUGGGUGAUGUUUGCAUGCUGUAUUCCGGCCAUACUUGUCUUCAUUCUCAUCUUUUUGGAGUCUCAGAUCACAACUCUGAUUGUGAGUAAACCUGAGAGGAAGAUGGUCAAGGGCUCUGGGUUCCACUUUGACUUGCUGGUUUUAGUCUGCAUGGGAGGUCUCAGUGCAUUUUUUGGUGUGCCAUGGCUCAGUGCUACCACCGUGCGGUCUGUCAGCCAUGCUAAUGCCCUCACCAUCAUGAGUAAAGGACCAAAACCUGUGAUCCAGAAAGUAGUGGAGCAGAGAGUUAGUGGUUUUCUGGUAGCAUUGCUGGUUGGUUUGUCAAUUCUGAUGGAGCCAGUCUUAAAGCUGAUUCCUAUGUCAGCCUUGUUUGGGAUCUUCCUCUACAUGGGAGUCACAUCACUAAAUGGCAUCCAGCUGUGGGAACGUAUACUGCUUCUGUUCAUCCCUAAGAAGUAUCAUCCUGAUGAACCCUAUGCUACCAGAGUGAGCACAAGACGAAUGCACUUGUUCACGGCCAUCCAGAUAGUGUGCCUUGCACUUCUCUGGAUUGUGAAGUCCAGUCCAAUAUCUCUCGCACUUCCAUUCAUUAUCAUCCUCACCAUACCUCUGCGCAUAGUUAUGACCGGACGUGUCUUCACCCAACUAGAAAUGAAAUGUUUGGAUGCUGAUGACGCUAAAGUGACAUUUGAGGAGGAGCCGGGGCAGGAUGUAUACUGUGAAUCUCAAAUGCCAUUGUAG